AAAAAUCAAGACAAGUAAACAGUGACAAAGCAGUGAAGUGAAUAUCAAACAUACGCAAUGCCUCUGUGUAAAAUAAUGAUAAAAGGUACGGGACAAACUGGUAUAUUCAACGAAGAAACGCUGCUUGACUUGAAAAAUAAAAUUUCUCAAAGAUUCCUGGCACCUGUCGAUCUCCUAGAGCUGCAUAGCGACGGAUUUCCUGUUGUGUGCGAUGACGACUUUUUGUGCCUGAGUAUUGUUGCUGGUCCUUUAACAUUCACUGUCACUAUCCUUGAAGGCCGUGAACGCUACAAUGACCAUAGAGGCCUACCAGAUUUGGGCAACGAAUUAGAUCCAGAACCAUCAACGUCUGAGACUGGGAUCGAUAUAUCUUUAGAGGAUUAUUACCCGAUUCGCGACAUAAUUCGUGAAAACGGGUGGGAUAAAAGCCGCGUUGAUGCUUUGUUAUGCCGCUUAGAUGCCGAGGACGCGGAGCUCAGUAAAAAGGAUCGUUCUGCUAUUAAUAUUGCAGUCGGUAAAUGGCUCUACAAACAUAAGGGAAUGAAUGGCAUGCCAAAGCCAGCAGAAUUUGACAUGGCUGCCAAGUCGAUUGUAGCGCAUUUUCCGAUAGCAAAGGAUGCAUCAAGCACUGCCGAUAACAUCAUUCACUCUUCGUGGUAUGAUGUAAAUACAAACGUUGGACGUUUAUCAAAUUACGUCAGGGAUCGCAGAUCCAAUAAUAAGAAUAAAGGGGCCAUUGUAAGGAGCUACAAUAAAAGACAAACUGAAAAUUUUGAAGAUGAAUUCGACAUUACUUUACAAGACCAAGAAAGAUUUAUGCGCGAGAACCAAGUAACCGCCGAAAAUAAAGAAAAAAUGAUGCAGUGUCAUUUUGGCACGCUCGAAUCCCGUAGAAAAUGGAUCCUCGAGAAGAAACCUACCGUGACAGACAUUCUGACAAGGUUUCCCAGAUUCACGUCACUAAAGGGAGCGGUUGAUUGUGACCUGAAAUUUGUGGAAGGGUGGCGAACAGAGGAAUUUACCGAAAGGUGGAAAAAAAUUGAAAAAUCUUUGGCAGUGGAGCUAUUGAAAAAACACGGAGAAUCUUUGGAGCCGUUUGCAGAGCUCACCAUGGAUCUAGUAGAUUCUUAUGAAAAUUCACUGCUCGGACUUGAUACGGCCAACGACAGGACACUUAUAAUAUUUUCAUCUCUUCCAAUUCUUUUUCCACCUCGCCCGUCUAGGGCCUCGAAAGGGUUUACACUUCCGAAUCUGAAAAAUAUUUCCCAAAUCCUUGUUCGUCGGUUCCCGGUUGGAACAAAUUUAUCAGAAGCCUUGCAACGGUGUGAGACCGAUGGAAUGAUCCAACCCGGAUUAAUUGUUAUUGGAAAUCGCCGUUACAUAAAAGCGGAUCUCAUCCCAAUCAAAAUUAAUACUCCAUCGGCUGCUGAAUCUAUUGCAAUUUUGUUUGCUGUAUAUCAUAUAUUCAAUUUAAUUUUUCCCGAAAACCUCAACCUGGUGUAUAUUUUUUUGCAAAAUAUGAUGGAGUAUGGGAGGGAAAAAGAGGCUUUACCCAACAACAAAAAAAAGAAAACAUGUAAAUCUUUGGUUGUCAACGAUUUUUCAUUGAAAAUUCUACAACUUUUGAAGCCGGAAUAAAACUCGGAAAAAAAAAUACAACUACUUUUUCUCCUA